AUGCCGAUAGAUCAGUUUGAAGAGCUCCGGGGCAAUAUUGCCUCGUUCCAACAUAGAUUGCAUGAUUAUUUGCUCAAGCAACGGAGAAACUAUCUUCAGCUGGUGGAUUCGUAUAAGCAAGAUAUCGAAAAAUACAAUGUUAUGAAGGAAUCCUUGCAGAGCAAGGAAUUGAUGUUAGAAGCUGAAGAGCAAGAUUUAAAGAAACAAAUUGAUGGUUUACAGGAGAAGACACAGGAAACAAGUGCGAAACUGGAGGCCUUAGAGAUUCGAAAGCGUCAGCUGCUGGAAGAACGUGCUGUAGUUGAGCGGGAUCGCAAUGAGCUGAAGGAACUGCUACAGAAGAAGCGGAAUGAGGUCGAGCAGCAGCGUCAUGCGAUAACGCGACAGCACCUUCGGGAUAGGCCGGAGGUUUCGGCUUACGAGCGAUUGCUCGGGCUGGAUAUCAAUGCAGAUCGACCAGAAAUGUUACGAUUCACGUUUAGCAAUGUGCUUGAGAGAGACCAGGAUGCUCGUUGUAGCUUUUCAUUGGAUUUAUCCUUACCUGAGGGAUAUAAAAUCGUCGACUCGCGCCCAGAGAUCUCCGAGACAGAAGCGCGGGCGCUGGAAGAAGAAUUAGCAAGAUCUGGAGACCUUCCAGCCUUUUUGAAACAUACCCGGGCGGUGCUCAUCGCUGCCCUCCAACCCAAUUAG